AGGAUAUUCCAUUUGUGGAGCAUUCUUUCCUUCCACCAAUGAUAAGUGAAAUCCCGGAGGAAUAUUCCGUUCAGCGUUCAAUGGAUGAACUUCCUGUGUCAGUAUCUGCAGUUCCACCGGCAGCGAACGGUAGCAAUAGUUGGGAUCAGAGUGCAGCGCAUUAUCGCUUGCAUCCCGGGUUUUCGUAUCUCCCGAGAACGAUUAAUGCGCAAAUGGAGUCGGUAGUUUCUCGUGUUCGAAUUGCACAAGCAGCUGCUCAGGUUGGCGUUGAUCCGACUGCUGCGACACAGAUGCUGGGAAAUGUUGGCGGAAAUCGUCACCCUAUUGCGGUCGAAUAUUAUGGAGAUAACACUCGAAAUCCCGUUCCUUUAGUUGAGGGACCCGUUGCUGUUCCAACAAUGGCUGCGGAAUGGAUGCCACAGCAAGCAGCACUUCAAACUAAUGUCGAAACUGUACCAGCAGCCAAUUAUCAUCAGCAAUUGGAAAGAUUGGCAAACGGUGAGAUCCCGUUCCGUGCAUGGGAAGCAGCAGUUCUCCAUAUCUUUGAUCGUAUGGGACCACAGAUGAAUCCGACUCGUCUACCACCUAAAGGAAUGACAAAAAACGAAAUUGACCAGCUAAAAUCAUUUCGUAUCACUGACCCGGCACUCCUAAUGGAAAAAGUAUGCGUAAUUUGUCAGUGUGAUUUUGAGAAACGCGACCUAGUCCGCAUGCUACCGUGCGCACAUCAUUUUCAUCUGAAAUGCAUUGAUAAAUGGCUGAAGGGCAAUCGUACAUGUCCAAUUUGUCGCCAGAAUGCUGCACCGGACGAAGACGAUACUUUAGAAGGGGCAUCUGCUAGAAGUGGCAGAGCGGCUACAAUAAUGACGGGGACAUCUGGAACAUCCGGUGGAGCAGGAGCUGAAAAUAUUGUACUGGAUGAAAAUGGUGAUUAUGAAAAUCCACGUGCAGCAGUGCAAGUUAUUACACAAAUGGGAACAACACCAGAGCCAUCGGAUCCAUCGUUUCAUGAUUCGCGUUUCUAA